GUUUGGUUUAUGUUCUUUAAAAAAAAGAAAAGAAAAACAAAAAUUUUAAGAAAGGGGAGAAAAAUCUUGGUGGGAGGAGAAAAUUAAAAAAAAGAUGGCACCUUUUGGAAGGUGGUGUUUUUCUGAAAGUUAGAAAUGAACAAAUUCAACCACCAUCUUCAACUUAGCUUUAGCUUUUCAUAGAGCUUUCCGCAAUCUUUUUCUUUCCCUUUGAGUUUAUGUUCAUGGAGUUUUUUGCAGAGUCAAGGAUGGAGGUGAACUUGGGGUGCUAACAAGUGGUGUGUGCAGAAACAACAAAGUGUUGGAAUCUCUACUUUUUUGAAGUAUGGAUGCUUAUGAAGCAACGAAGACAGUCUUCCAAAGAAUCCAAACUUUGGACCCUCAAAAUGCUGCAAAAAUCAUGGGGCUUCUGCUCAUUCAAGAUCAUGGUGAGAAGGAAAUGAUCCGUUUGGCUUUCGGCCCUGAAUCUCUCCUCCACUCUGUGAUUUUGAAAGCCAAGAAGGAGCUUAGUUUAGCUCAGCCAAACACGCCCUCCCCCCCCACCCCACCUUUCCCCAACCCUUCCCUUUCCAGGCAGAACUCAUGUCCUUCUUCAGCUCCUCAGAGGUUGAAUUUGAAUCUGAGUCUGAAUCUCCCCUCCCCACUCGGAAUCAACGCGCCGCCGUCGUGGACGAACUCCGGCGGGAGCUUUUCCGACGAUUUAAUGAUGGGGCUGGGUGGGUACAGCAGCUGCAGCACGAGCUCCAACUCUACUAUGAACUCUGCAGCUGCCCCUUUUUAUGGGACCUCAGAAAUUGACCUAAUUGAUGAGCUUAAUCUCCAAGAUCAGCUCUCUUUCCUCAACGACGGCUCGCCGGGACAAAUUGGGGGGAAAAGUUGUGAUUUUUACUACCAAGAUUUGGCCCUGAGCCCCAACGGCAACGCCCCUUGCUAUCCUCCCUGGGGUGGCCUCGCCGGCGGCCACCGGAGAAGCCACUCCGUUAGUGAUAUGUAUGUAAGAGGCUCAGACGACGUCGCCGGCGGCGGGCUCGGAUGGAAGCCGUGCUUGUUCUACGCUAGAGGCUACUGCAAGAACGGCUCCAGCUGCCGCUUCCUCCACGGCGGCGCCGACGACGCGAUGAUGGAGCCGCCGCCGGAGCUGCUUCUCAGAUCAAAGCCGCAGCAGCUGUUGUCUUCUUCCCCCAGCUUCUCUUACUCCCCAAAAUGCAUCAGCUUGCUCGAUACCUCCAGGGCUUUGAUGAUGGGCGAUGGAAUGCACAAAUUCGGGAGAUUCGGGCUCAAUCCAGGAUCGAGGCAGAUAUACUUGACAUUCCCUGCAGACAGCACGUUUAAGGAAGAAGAUGUGUCGAAUUAUUUCAGCAGCAAUUUUGGACCCGUUCAGGACGUGAGGAUCCCGUAUCAGCAGAAAAGGAUGUUCGGCUUUGUCACAUUCGAAUUUCCGGAGACCGUUAAGCUCAUCCUCGCCAAAGGCAACCCGCAUUUCGUCUGCGAUGCUCGUGUCCUCGUUAAGCCUUAUAAGGAAAAGGGCAAGAUCCCCGACAAACAUAGGAAACAGCAACAACAAAUUGAAAGAGGCGAAUUCGCAGGACUAAGUAGUAGCCCAAACCAUUCGGAGCUGGAGUCGAAAGAUCUUCAAGAUUUCCAGCUCGGUGCUAGAAUGUUCUACGGCGCGCACGACGAUUUGUGGAGGAGGAAGUUAGAGGAGGCCGCGGAUUUGCACCAGACAAUUGAGCUUCAGAACCGUCGAUUUAUGGGCCUACAGCUGCUCGACGUCAAGCGUAAAACCCACCAAUGCCCGCUUUCCGGCAGCCCCGUCGCCGCCUCGCCAUCGCCGGUUUAUUCUCCGACCAGCUUCUUCAACUUCAAUGUCAUGUCCAGCAAUCAGAGCAGCCCCGAAGCUAGACAAGCAGAUGGAGACGAAGCACCCCACAAUGCAGUCGAAAAAGAAAAGGAAGAAAUCAAAUUCGCCAAAGAUGACGGCUGUCCAAACGAAUCCGGAAGCUUCGAUCACAACCUUCCGGACAGCCCCUUCGCCUCCCGCGACUCCGCCGGAGGCUUCUCUGCCACCGAGACAGAAAAGUGCGGCGCAAUUUCCGAUCCCUUAUCGAGGAACGGAUUGAUCACCGGAACGGCGUUCCCUACAACUUCCGUCGUCGACGUGUCGCCGCCGUUCAAAACGUGUUACUUCCAUGUGCCUAGGUUUGCUUCCGGUCGCGAGACCGUUGGGAUGUAGCUGUAGAAUUAUUGUCACCCCCAGAAACGAAGGCUAAAGAUAUAUAUCCAUAAAACAUUGAGCACCGCCAUUGCCGCCGCCGCCGCCGCCGCCACCAUCGCCGCCGCAGCAACGGCGGCUACUAAUACUAAAGUAAAAAAGAAAAAGGAGGCCAUCCAUUUUUCUCUUAAUUAUUUUUCUCAAUAAAUAUAUAUAUAUGUAUGUAUCUAUGUAUGUAUAAUUUGCAGUGUGUAGUCAGUCUCGGACCACAGACAGGGAAAGAAGAAACGAAGACAAAUAUGAAUGAAUAGGGACAAAAGAUCAAACAUGUUCAGUGCAUUGUAAUUUUCUUUUCGUAUUUUCUCUCAAUUAUAUUAUCUCACCUCAUUAUCAGAUCUCAGUGACGACGACGAUGGCUUCUGUAAUGUGUAUAGAAAUCAAGAAUACUUGUGUAAUCAAUCCAUCACUAAUAUUAAUUUGUAUUAUUAUUGUUAA